CGCAGAGGAUGAUGAAGAUGGAGAUGAAGACCCGGUGGUGUGUAUGGAGGAGCCCAUUUCCGGUCCUGGUCCUCCUGUUCGGCUGUCUUUGCCGGGUGAGCGAGGGGCGGGCCGGCGUGAUGAUGUCAGAGACACUCCCUCGUUUCUCCUCCGCGUUUCCUUCGUCCCUCCCCAUUUCCUGUCACCUGCACGGCGCCGACUCCUCCUUCUUCCUCGUCCGUGACUCUCCACAGGAAGUGAUGCGUAAUGGCACUCUGAGCUCUCUCACUCAGCCCUUCUAUCUCCACCCGCUACACUCUGGCUCCGCCCCUUCACUGUCUGUCAACUGUACCUAUGGCAACCUCACUGCCGAGGCCCUGGUACCUCCGGAGCUCAUCCAGAGGGCGUGGUCGACCCCCAGCCCUAGCCCCGCCUCUUCAUCUAGACCGAUUUUGGGUUGGAAAGUGAAGGCUCACCUGCUGAGCUCGACUGUAGGGGCGGAGCAGCCUCAGGUGCAUGUCCUGUUCUAUCUAAUCGGACACAGGUGGAAGGAGACGGAGGUUCCUCUGGAGGACUUGCCGUGCGUUCGGGUCGUAGGGACACGCGACCAAUCAGAUGUCUCGGUCUCCGCUGCCUGCAGACUGCAGGGCAUUCUGGGAAUGUGUGUGGUCCAGCUGGGCGUGCCCACUUCCUGGUUCAGUCCGGUGCUGAGCCGCAGACGGCUGCAGGAGCCGACCAUGGAGCUGCACUUUUCCUUGUGGCCUGCAGAGGGCGAGAACGGAGAGUGCGCAGGCGGUAGGGAGCGAAGGAAGGUGGUAGUGGACAUGCGGCGGAUCGGGACGGUGACCCUGACCACCGGGGACAGUAAGAGAGACGGGGCGCGGGUGAGACUGGACCGGAACGUGGAGAUCCUCACGCCGUCUCGUCCCGUCAAACAGGGACAGAACGUCAAGUUUAGGAUCCUGCUGAACACCGCGUCUACAACUGAACAGCUCACACUUAGGGCGCAGUAUGGCCAAGGCAUCAACUUCGUCGCGGUGAAGCCGAGCAACCUCGCUACGUGGGAAAUCAAACAGGAAGUGGCUCCAGGCUCCGCCUCCUUUUCCAUAUUCUGUGCCAGAAAGAGCAGUUCGUCCAAUGAGAGGACGGACGGCUCCUUUGAGGAGGUGAUGUUGGUGGAUUUCGAGAUGGAUAACUUCAUCACCCUGCAGGCGUCUCACUCCGUGCUCUGGAGGGUGGAGUAUCCGUCCACAGGAGAGACCGCCGAGUCCGUCACGCUGGUUUACGUCAGACAGAGGGACGUCCUGGGCCUCGUCCCCCUCGCCGAGGACACAGAGAUCCUGAACACAGCAAUCCUCACCGGUCAGCGCGUGUCACUUCCUGUGAAGGUGGUCACGGUGGAUCAGGACGGAACCGUGCGAGAAGUCGAUGACCCCGUCACCUGCAGGUCUACUGAUGAGGACGUCCUGAAGGUGUCUCCUGUCUGUGACGAGGUGUUUGUGAACGGUAAAGAGAUGAGGGGGCGUGUCUCUGUGCAGGUCAACUUUACACACCUGUACCUGAACAGCCAGUUGGAGCUGAGCGUCUGGGUGCCGCGGUUACCGCUGCAGGUCGACGUCUCCGAUGUGGAACUGAGUCAGGUGAAGGGAUGGAGAGUCCCCAUCGCCGGGAACAAGAGGCCGACCCGGGACAGUGAGGAUGAUGAUGAUGAUGAUCGUAAGGGAAAAGGCUGCACGCUGCAGUACCAGUACGCUCUGGUUCGCGUCCUCACACACUUCGUGGCCGAGCCGAGCGACCCCGCCGAUGACCUCAUCCACAUGCUGGGACCUGAUUGGUCGGCUGACAUAACGGACCUGGUGGUGGAUUUCCUGAAGGUGGAGGACGAGAGAAUUGCACGACUCACAGAUGGAAGUGUGUUAAUGGGAAGGGACCUGGGCAUCACCACUAUACAGGUGAUCUCUCCCCUGUCGGACUCCAUCCUGGCUGAGAGAACGAUCACGGUGCUGGAUGAUAAAGUCAGCGUCUCUGAUCUCCUCGUUCAGAUCGUCGGCUCUCUCUCCGUCUCCCUUCAGCUCGUUCCACAACACAAUAACGCCAUUUAUAUCACUGCUACUGCCAACGACCUGCUGCACACACACAAACAGGAAGCAGGAAUCAGUGCAUGGAUCCAAUACAGCGAUGGUUCUGUGACGCCUCUCGACAUCUACGAUCCGAAAGACUUCACUCUAGCUGUGACCUCGCUGGAUGAGAACGUGGUCUCCACCAAUCAGGAUCAGUUUCAUCCCUGGCCCACGGUGACUGCCGAGCAUGAAGGUCAAGGGUCACUGGUGCGUGUGGAGAUGCUGAUCUCUGAAACUUGCCAGAAGUCCAAGAGGAAGAGCGUGUUAGCCAUGGGUGUUGGAAGUGUCCGUGUUAAAUUUGGGCAGGAAGAGAAGAGUAGGGUGCAGGGGCAGGGAGGAUACAGCGAUUUGGACGAUGGCACCAACGGACAUAAACAGGAUGUCCAAGUUUUAGAGGAAGACGGUGAUGACGAUGGAGAUGGAUGGAAGUUUACGAAUGCAGAGGAAGUUGCUCUUAGGAAGGUCAGCGUCACUACAAAGUCGGCCAUAACCAAUCAGGAAAGCAAUAAUGAAGCAGGUGGGGAGGGGCAAAUCAAUAACCCCACCCAGGAUGAGAUCCCUAGUGACGAGCUCAGCGCAAACCCCCGCCGUCUGUCAGACCUCGAGAUCGGCAUGUACGCGCUGCUCGGCGUCUUCGGCCUCGCCAUCCUCGUCUUCCUCAUCAACUGCAUCAGCUUCGCCUUCCGCUACCGGCACAAACAACUUCCUGUUUUGGAUCGCGGGACUCUUAACCACGCUCACGACUGGGUGUGGCUCGGGAAUGGGGCGGAGCUUCAGGAUCGGCAUCAUGGCGACGCCGAGCUUACCACGACGGCCAUCGACCGCAGUGAAGGUGGAGAGGAAAGCAAAUAUCUGCUGAACCUGAACCUAAAUGGGGGUGGGUCUCAGAAAAGAAGCUCCGCCCACACGCAAGAAGGGGCGGAGCCGAGCGUGAAAAAGAGAGUGAAAUUCACGCCUUUCACAACAGUCAUGACGGACGAUAGCACGCCGUAUGCUAACGUGAUAGGAAACGAGGAUGAUAUAAAGUGGGUGUGUCAGGACGUGGACGUGGGGACGUAUAUGGAGAGACUGCAAGACAAUCUGUGAGCAAAGGAAUAAAAACUUAAGGAACAGAGGGAGUGAAAGAGAGAGAGAAAGAAAACAAACUCAAUAGAAACUCACCUGUAAUGCCUUUGCAUGGAGGAGGAAAAGUUUCGUCCAAGCUGGAGUGAGAAAGAAGCAGAGACGUGAAAGUGAUAAAAGAUGGACAGAUAGAUGUUUAUUUAUUGUUUUUAUUUCAUGAAGGGAAACGUGUUUAAAUGGACAGAGAGUGAAAAAAAGCACAGAGAGAAAAAGAGAAGAAGAAAAUUCAGGCCCAAAAGGUCUAAAAGCAACAAUGAGAGAAAGACAGAGAGAGAGAGACAGAGAGAGAGAGAGUGAGAGAGAGAGAGAGAGACGGGUUUUUAUUAAAAUCGAUUUCUUGUUUUUAUUUUGGUUUUGCAGUCACUGAUUUUCUGGGAUAAAGUUAUUUAUUUAGAGGAAAGUAGGUCAGCUUUAGAUCCAGAACCUGCUCGCGUCCACUGUUUCCUGCUACAGGAUUUCCCACAAUGCACUGCAGCAGGAUGCAGAGCACAGCUAAGGCUUGUCCACGCAUAUACGGAUAUUUCUGAAA